CGCUGAUCUUCAUUUCUAAUUUAACAUAACAUUUUUUUAUUUAUUUUUGAGCUACAAAAAAUGUAACUUGAAAUUAAAUGUAGAGAAUAUAAGUGAAUUUGAAUUUGAUUUAAUGUACAUGUGUACUUCAAGGCCAGCGUGCUUUGCGACAUUCAACAAACAGGUAAUAAUGGAGAGAUCCAGGCAGUGGCACACAGACAAAAGGAAAUUUUAAAAGGUUUGGCAAGAUGAUUUUUUUAUUUACUGAAAUCAGUUCAAAGGCAGUGUGUCUAGUUUGCAAACAGUCAGUUGCUGUUUUGAAAGAGUACAAUAUCUGUCGUCAUUAUGAAAAAAUCAUUCUUCAGCUUUCUCAAAGUACAGCGGUGAGGCGCAAAAACAGAAGGCUAACGAGCUACUUGCUAAACUUCCUUCUGAGCAGAGUGCGCUGCUACGUCCUUCAUCAGCUCAAGAAAGUGCCACGUGGGUCAGCUAUCAGAUUUCGGCACUAAUUGCCAAAAGUGGAAGAGCCUUCGCUACUGGAGAAUUCGUCAAAGAGUGCCUUGCAGUGGCUGCAGAAGCAGUGUGCCCUUCUAAGAUAUGCAUGUUCUCGCAAAUCAGCUUGUCAAGGAACACUGUUACCAGAUGCAUAGAGGACAUGGCCCAAAACAUCGGCGAGCAAAUCAAGGCUAAAGCAGCUGCCUUUUCAAUAGCUUGCGACAAGAGCACCGAUAUAUAUGAUUCUGCACAGCUGUUGGUAUUUCUGCAUGGAGUAAAUUAAAAUUUUGAAGUAACACAAGACCUGGCUGGCAUUGAGACUCUUUCUAGUACUACUAAAGGAGAGGAUCUUUUUUCGCUGUUGAGAGAGUGUUGAAAAAGUAUGAAUUAAAAUCUGGCCUUGCUAUGUUGGUGUCUCAGGAACUCAGUGAAUGUGGGGGGAAAUUAGUAAAGUACCACUGUAUUUUACAUCAAGAACAGCUAUGUGCCAAAUCCAUCGGACUUAUGGAUGUGAUGCGUGACGUCAUCAAAGUUGUGAAUGAUAUACGCUCCAAGGCGCUCUGCCAAUGGAAGUUCAAGGUAAUGUUGUACCACCAGAAGAUUAGAUGGCUGAGCCGAGGAAAAGUUCUCAGGAGAUUUUUUGAUCUGCAUGAUGAGAUCAGAGCUUUUCAGGAAAGCAAGAUUGGUAGUAUUCAAGUGCCCAUUGAUAAGAAAUGGCUUUCUGGCCUGGCUUUCCUGAUGGACGUCACAGGGCUGCUCAAUGUUUUAAAUGUUCAGCUCCAGGGAAAAGACCAGAUUAUCAUCCAGCUUUUUGAUCAUGUCAGAGCUUUCAAACAAAAACUACUGCUGCUCAGAAGACACCUCUCAGCAGGAAAUUUAGCCCAUUUUCCCGGUCUUAGAGAGGCAGGCAUGAUGAAAGAGAAGCUACCCGAGUAUGAUGCUGUUCUCAGCAACCUUAUCCAGGAGUUUCACAGUCGCUUUGAGGACUUCAGACACAAUGCUACUGACCUUGUGUUGUUUGCUCAACCCUUCACGAUCAGUGUGGACACAGUCAGUGAUGAUCUUCAGAUGGAACUAAUUGAUCUUCACUGUGAUUCAGAACUCAAAAACAAGUUCAGGUCCCUUCCCUUGACAGACUUCUACAAAUGUGUCCCAGCAAACAGGUUACCAAAGAUCUGCAAACAGGCACAAGUGAUGCUGUCUCUGUUUGGCAGUACCUACCUCUGUGAGCAGACUUUCAGUCUUAUGAACUUCUAAACUGAGAAGCAAACUAACUGACUCUCACCUACAUAAUAUCCUGACUUUGUCAGUAAGUCAGCUGCAGCCCAAUUUGGAAAAACUUUUGAAAAAUAAGGACCAGCUUCAUGUCUUUCAUUAGAGGUCACUGAUAUUGCAGGAAUAUGGCUGUGUUGCUUAUAGCUUGAAUAGUUGUAUUAGGCAUUGAACAUGUUGUACUAUAAAUGGGAUUGUUUCUAUGUUUUCAAUAUACUAUAAGUUUCAUUGAACUAUAAAACUCUGAAAAUAAAACUGCAUUAGUUAAGCAGA